UUUGAGUCUCCCACCUUAGGCUACGUAACCUAACGGAACAGAAAUAACAGGUCUUGCGCCUUUUUUUACAGGAUGUUUGUCAUAACUGGCAGGGCUGUGCGCUGUGUUUGUAUUCCGUUCCUGGCUAUUUCCGACUGCUCCCGGUGUGUUGCCUAGUUUGCCGGUUGCGUGGAAACUAGAAGCACUGCUGAGCGGCGAUGGGUGCAUUUCCAACCCCACUGUAGCCUAUUGCAUUCGCGAAGCUUUUGGAGAAGUGAGCGGAAUGCGUAGUGCGACGGGGAAAGACUGUGUGAAAAUACCAAUUUCUGCUUCCCCCGAUUCCUCGGAACAGUUUCAAGAAGGUAAAAUAAUAAGGAUUGGUCGUUUCACAAGCGACUCUAUACCAACACAGAAAGGAAUGGAAAGCAAGAACAUAUAGGCGAGAAACUGAACCUGAGCAGAGAGGCUGGGAAGACGCACGAAGCAAGGAUGAACUUUCUUUUGUUAAAUCGGGUCAACUUCUUUUUACUGUCAGACUUCAUCUUUUUCCGCAUUACGAUGUUCUCUCUGAAUAUAUUCACUUAACUUACCUGAUAAUAACGUAUGUAAAGGAGCGAAAACUCUUUUUGACAGCAGCAUCCUGCUACGAAGUGAUCCGUCGGUUGCCACCAACCCAACCCAAAGCGCACGCUGCGCUAUCUGUUGGGAGCUGGGAAUGGGAGCGGUGUUUAGCCUGUAAUGUGCCAUAGUUGAACGACAAACUUAGUAUGAAUAUGGAUGCUGUGCUUAUGUUCUCUUGAGAAAAUUUAUACCAGGAAGGCUAUUCCUAUUUGCAAGUGGUUUUGCUGGAAGAAAAAAGGACCCCGGGCCGUGAGAGCCUGUUGCUCUGGUCAGAAAUUCUGGAAAGAUAAGCUGCAAGCUAUCAUUGCUACCGGCUGACCAGCUGAAGGGGAAUUUAUCCUGUGUUCUGUGGUUGGGGGCUCAGUCCUCCCAGGAGUAUGCCUGCAUCCCACAAUGCCAAUGCUGGCAGACUGGUUACUGCGCCACUCGGUGGUCAUGUGUCUGCUACUGCACAGCCUGGUGCUGAUGACCUUCUGUUUCCACCACGCAGCCACCAGCUGCUCCAAGAGCUGCUACUGCUCGCAGAGCGAGGCCGGGGGCAAGACCGUGCGCUGCAGCAACCUGCGGCUGACGGAGAUCCCCCAGGACAUCCCUAACGACACCCGCCGCCUCUACUUGGACUUCAACCUCCUGACCACAGUCCCCGCCAACGCCUUCCUGCAGCUGCGCCAGCUCAGGGAGCUGGACCUCUCGCACAACGAGCUGGCGCAGCUGGAGCCGGAGGCCUUCAAGGGUCUGGCCGGCUCCCUGCAGUUCCUGGACCUCUCCUCCAACAAACUCAUGACCCUCAACCCGGACGCGUUCGUGGGCGUUCGCGCGCGGGCCAACCUCACCCACAACCCCUGGCACUGCGACUGCAACCUGCAGAACGUGAUGCCCCGCAUGAGCCUGGAGACCGCCUCGCUGGCCGGCAUCGUGUGCCAGACGGCCGACCCCGAGGACGCCGGAGCCCAGGGCACCCCCUUCCUGCUGACCAAGGACCUGGACCUGUGCGCGGUGCUGAAGAAGACCACCGACGUGGCCAUGCUGGUGACCAUGUUCGGCUGGUUCACCAUGGUCAUCUCCUACCUGGUCUACUACGUGCGGCACAACCAGGAGGACGCCCGCCGCCACCUGGAGUACCUCAAGUCCCUGCCCAGCAAGCAGGGGAAGUCAGAGGAGUCUUCCACCAUAAGCACUGUAGUGUGAGGCCAAGGGACCUUGGAUGAGGCCCAAGGUCAGGGCACCUGGUGGUUUAGGCUGCCACCGGGGUUCUAGGCCUGGACUCAACCGCAGCAGCUAGGGACAGCUUUCGCCAAAUGUCAUUUUUCUCCUGUGCAAUUUGGGAGAUAUGGUUGCUGGAGGACUUGCUUUGAGAGAGUCUUGGGCUGUCUAAUUCAGAUUAAUAAUUAAUUCCUAAGUAAUCUACCAAUUGCCUGUGUUAGCCGAGUGAGUUGCCUGCUGCAUGCGUUUGCGGAACGAAAGUCAAGUCCUUGAAAAUCUUAACCAAAGGCAUUUUCUUUUAAAACAAAAUGUGCCCUCUGUUAAAGAAACUGUUGGAAGACAGUUGCAGUUUCCUUAGUCACAUCAAACAGCAAUAAGAUGUCAUCCACAGGAGAAAAGAAGGCUGAUGUAAUUGCGUUGGUAGUGUCAGUAAUCCCCUUUGUCUAAACAUGUUUUCACAAAACAUGUCCGAGCAGUAUUUUAAGAAAAUGAGUUGUUACGACACUAACAUGUUCUACAGCUUGUCUUUGCAAUUGUUUUUUUUUUGGCUCAUUUAAAUUUUUUGUUUUUGCCACUUUUAAUGUAAGCAUUCCCAAUACAUUUUCCUAAAAAAAAAAAUCUGUUCUGUAUUUGUAAAUUGUUUGAACUGGCCAUACAGUUAAAGUAAGUGGACUAUUGUUUUGAGGAAGCCAAAGUGUGUCGAAUGCAGUGCGCACUGCACGUGUGGAUCAGAACAUUUUGACCUGCCUGAAUAGAAAUUAUGACUAGACUAGAUAAUAAAUGAAUAGAAAUAGAAAAUAUGUCUGGCUUCAGAAAAUACGCAGAGAAUAGAGCAUCUAGUGAUUUCCUAAAUAACACCUCCCCUCACAUAUUUCAAAUAUUUGAAUUGAAAAGUCCUGUUCCUUAAUAACAUUUCCAACAUCAGUGUCCUCAGGUGUGUGCCACAGAACAUGCUAAGAACACGUUAAAAGCCGUAUAUUUCAAUGCACCCCACUGACACCAAAUAUUUUUGGGUGCUCUGACAGGCAUUUUGUUUUUUGCAAAACCAUACAUCAGCUUUAGAGCUUUAGGUACAGGUUGUAGUGAAUAUAGCUUUUGAGUAGGCAUAGCUUUCCCUCUCUGUGGGUCUUGUUUCCCAGGCAUAACUGAGAUAAAUUCUCGCUUGUGUCUCAGAUAUGCUUGCGCAGAGCUGUUUGGGACAUUAGACCAUGCCAGUGGGUUUUUACUGCCGGCUCUGUUUGUGACACCAGACUGCUAUUAAAUAUAUAAUGCUCUCACCCAUUCCUGUGGACAGAAAACCCUUUCAGCACAGUCUUGGGCCAGAUUUGUUCUAAGUGCUUGGGCUAGAACGAGACUUCUGAACAGGAAACCACUCCCAGCUCAAUUAGGCCUGUUUUUCUCACUGUGCCCACAGAAUGUGACUAGAACGAGUAUGACCUACUCAGUUAAACUAUGAAAGUCAACACAGAUAAGGAUCAGCAAGACCUUGGCACAGGAUACUGAAGUUAAGGGUCAUUCCUCUUUGCCAUUGGUAUCAUUUCACCCUUGUAACUGAGAGUCCACUGGGAGCUCGAGCCCAGAAACCAGUGUUGCAUCAUUAUUGAUCUGUUCGUCGUAUAGACUUAUACAUGUGUAAGAAAAAAUUUACUGGGUGAACCUUUGCACUGAUACACGCACUCACAUAAUUAGUCACAGGGUGAAAUGUGGCAGCGUUGCGUGAUGUGGUACUGUGAUGUCCCAGUAAUUUCAAGUGAGGGUUUGCACCUGACAGAUGAGGUCCCUUGACAGUUGUCUGGGAGCAGCCCUUUGCUCCACUGUAACACCGAAACCAGAAACACGCUCUGGGAUUACCUGUUUGCAGAUGCUAUGUUUUUUUUUGGGUUUUUUUUUUCCUCUCUUAGAAAGCCUCUGUCCCCACGGCCCUGCUCAGAGGCCACCUGUGAGUUGAGCCGUCUGGUGAGGGUGUUCCCAGAGGACACCGAACUCCAACGGACGAAAGCUUGCAUGUUCAUCUACCGCGCUAAAAAUAAACCGUGCUGUUGAAAAUGACUUGCCCCAGGGAAGAGGAAACUCCAUUUUCAUUAGUGCUCCCCCAACCUGUUUUCAUGCGGCGGAGCCUGCGGCCUCCUGCGGCUCGUGAUGCUCCGCGCUCGCAGCGCGUGUAAGUAAUAUUGUCUCUGAAAUACGACUCAGGUCCUCUAGCGCCCUGUCAAGCUCGCCGAGUGCCGCUCGCCCUUGAUCAGGUAACAGCUGGCCUUACAGGGUGACAGCGCAGAGGAGUAGCUGUCGGCUCCACCGGAUGUCUCUCGGCGUGACCGGCUCUCUCGCAACGCGCACAGCUGAGGUCCAGAUUGUGGAAAGAUCGACGGAAAAUUUAUGCAAAGGCGAUACAGUGCGAAUCCAAACCUACACACAUUAAAACUAAAUAUUAAUUUUCAUUACCGAAGCAGCACCGAAGCAGGAAAUGAAUUGGCAGGCCCCGGCCCUUCAGGAUGCAUCCUAUUGGCAUUUCAACAAAGAUAAUGUGAUGAAAGUAGGCUGUGUGUGUGUGCCUGUGUGAUGUUUGACAUUAUUAAUGAAUUCCUUAUGAUGUAUUUCUGUGGAGAGAAUCUAAGCAUUUAAACACCUUUGGUUUCAGGCCAAGAGAGGAACAGGCAGCCAUGUAGGGAGGGAAGGAUAAUCCUUGGGUUCUAUUUCUUUAUCACUGAUAUUGACUAUUUUCAUCGGGCUCCAGCUGAUAAAACUGGCACUUCUUUACAGAAACAUCCCAAGGUGCCCUUUAAAUAGAGUAUGAACUGCAUUUGACAGAAUUCUGACUCCUUUUUUCGCCAGUGAGCCACACAGGAACAUCUGUGCUCAAUGUGACAACCUGCCGGCAAAAUUUAGGACUUCUAGCCCAUUCUUCAAGCUAUGAGUGCACAUGGUUUAAGGCCUCUGUUGUCGCCACCGCCAUUUUCUCUAGGAUUCCCGAUAGUGACUCUUCCCCUUCUUUCUCACUUGUAUUCGUUUUAAGAGGUCACCAAGACAAAGUCUGUCACUUCUAUGCCUUCCACACCAAAUAAAUGCUAAAUAAUUGCAGUUUCCUGCUAUACAGAAAAGAUUCAAGGUUUUUGUGAACUACAGUACAAGCUCUCAGUCUGUGAUUUAUGCAUGGCAGUAUAAUUAAUUUCUGGUUUAGUCAUUUCUUUGUAUAAAUGGUGUCACAGUUCUGAAACCAUCUCCUUUAUAAAUGGCUGCAACAAAAUAAAAAAAUUGCACAUUUCAAUAGUAACAUAGACUGGAGUUUAGGUCCUCCACAGACUAAAUCUACAAAGCAGAAAGGGGCCAGAACCAAUUGCUUAAAAAAAACAAAAACAUUAAGGUAUUCUUUAAGGUAAUUGAGGUAAUCACCAGCAAUUUCACGUAACAACCAUCUGUGACAAGUAGGAAGUUCCACAAUGCUAAAAUAUAGAUGGUAA